CAUAAUUAACAUAUGGAUUAGUUUAGUGACACGAUAUAAGGUUAGAUGUUUUUACUACAAUUUGCCAAAACCAACAAGAAGUAGUGAAUCGAAGAAAUCGUAAGGCAAGGCAAAGAUGCCUACGUACCUCCAUCGGGGAGAGCACAUCUUUAAGGAAAGUACAUGCUCCUGGAGAGAAUGGAGGUUGAAAAGAAAAAGGAGUCAUGGCAGAUUGAAGACUUACACUUCCUGUACUGACGUCAGGGCCUGGGCCUUGUGUGAUAAUGAACGUUCCGAUCUUUUGAAAGAAGAAAUCACCAAAGCAGAAACAUUGUACGGAAACUACAUUCCUGUCUACGAGUUAUGCCAGAUCAUCUCUGAGAAGGCUUCAGCGUUUGGGUUACCAGCGACGAAGAUAGAUGCAUUGUAUGAUUUGAUAAAAGAGAGGGAGGUUAUCGACGCGGCUUAUCGGGAAACUUUGAGCUGCGACGACGCUAGGUUACACGAAAGGGUAUUUCAGGAUGAAUGCUUAUGCAGUAUUCCAAGCCAUAGGGAAGAAAUAGACAACUUAAGACUACUAGUAAAAGAACUUGCAGACCAAAAACUAUUCUACGAAGAGCAAAGAGAAGAACUGAGAUCAGCGUCUCAAAAGUGUUUUACAGUUGAAAAUAGGCUUGAAGAAUUAAUGAUUGAAAAAGAUGCUCUCCUCAAAAGAUUGGAAUAUACACAAUGUCUCGAAGAACGAAUGAAAGGCCUGUUACUGAAAUUUGACAGCAUAUCAAUAGAAAACUCUAAAUUCAAAGCGGAAAACCACGAAUUAAAGAAGAUGGAAUGGGAAUAUGAAGAAUUGAAGAAUAGUAUGAAGGAGUUACAAAGGACAAAGGUUGAAAAUAAUUCUCUUAAGCGGACAAUAGCCGAACUAAGAAUGUCUGAGAUGGAGAAAAAUAUGCAAGAAAAAGAGCUGCUGGAACUGAAAUGCGUUUUAGCAGACCAAGAAGACGAACUACUCAAACUGACGGAACACACUCAGCAGCUCUCCGAGAGUUACGAUAACAGACAGGAAAGCUUGCGCGAGGCGUUGCAAGAAAUGAGAUUGGAAUUAAGGUUGAAAACUGAAGAGCUUAUUAAUAAGGAUGAAGAACUAUUAUCUGCCAAAGAACUGAUCGAUGAACUAGAAAAUAUUCGCGAUCAGAUGAAGGAGAAUAUGGAACUUCUGACAGAUAACAAAGAAUAUUUCAAAGAUCUUUUCAGCCAAUCUUCCGAAUCCCAAAUUGAAAUGGCUAAAAAAAUGCGCGCUCAAGAACAAGAAAUCAUUCGUUUGGAAAAAGUAGAAGAAGAACUGUUAGAUCAAUUGACAUCCGAACAAUGCGAUUAUUUUCAAGAAAUGAUAUCGCUUACCAAGCAAUCUUUUACAGAUAUCAUGCGUGAUUACAGGAUAAAAAAAGAUGAAGUGAAAAAAUUAAAAAUGGAAAAUGAAUGUUUAAGAAAUACUUUUCAAGACUGCAAAGAAAAGUACCUCAUAGCUACAGAUGAAAUUGAAAAAUUUGCAACUUUAUUGUCUGAAUCUAAAGCAAGCUUGAAAAAAGAACAGGCGUUGAAUGGGGCACUACGAGACGAUCUUAAUAAGGCCAAUGCUAAGAUUUCUGAUCUUGAAGAAGCAUUAAAGCAAGUAGCAGUCCUUACAAAGGAACUCGCGAACGCUGAAAAUCAUGGUAAAAGCAAAGCAAAUGAACUAAACAGAGCGUUGAACGAAAUCAACAGUGCAAAAGGAGAGGUGGCUACAUUAAAGGGGCAGCUGUCUGCGUGCCAAGAUGAAAACCAGCACUUAAAGCAGGACAUCAUCAACAUGAUGAACGAAACCAAAGCUCUAAAAGCACAAUUAGAAAAGAAAGGCGCUGAAAUCGCGCGUUUAUUAGAGGAGGUCCGAAAGAAGAAUGAAACUAUACAAAACAUGGGAGAAUUAAGAAAGCUCAUCGCUGGAUUGGAAUCGAAAAUAGCGAAACUGGAAGAGGAUUUGAAAGGAAGAAAUGACGAAUUGAAUAAAGCUAAAGCACAACUCUCAGAAAACGACAAGACUAUCAGGACGCUAAGCGAUGACCUGAAGCAAAAGACAGGCAAUUUAGAUAAAUUAAGAAAGGAAUCCGUCAAACUUGAAUCCGAAAUGGAAUCUUUAAAAGGCACAGUAGAUGGAUUGAAAGAUGAUUUAAGUGCUACAGAAUCAAAACUACAUUCAGCCAAAGAAAAAAACAAAACACUUGAUGAAAAAUUAGGGAAUGUGACAGAGGCACUUCACGAUGAAAAGAAAAGAAAUAGUGCUUUGAUUGAAGAUACUGCGACCAUUAAACAAUCUAUUUUUCAGAGCAACGAUCAAUUAUCGGAUUUACAAGAAGAACUGAACAAUUUAAAUAACCAACUGGACCAGCAAAAGGAUCUAAAAAAGAACCUAGAAGGUUCUAUAAAUAAUUUGAAAGGCGAAAAAGAAGGCUUGGAAAAAAAGUUAGGAGUUGUAAACGCGGAAAAGGAAAAAUUAGCCAAAGAUCUAGACGAAAAAGUAAGAGAUUUAUUAAAGGCUAAAGAAACUAUCGAAGAUAUACAACAACAAUUAAUUGGGAAAGAAAACGAUCUAAACAAGGCAAAGGAUCAAAUCGAAUCAUUAAAGAAAGAACUGAGAGAUCUCAAAAAUGGGAAAACAGAAGGUGAUAAUAAGUUGAAGAGUCUGAUGGAGGAGUCUAAAAAUUAUAAAGACGAGAUCAAUGACUUGAAAAACCAAUUGGACAAACUUCAACUCCUCUUGAACGAAAAGACUGGUGCCCUUGAUUCUGGUCAGGCAGUAAUAGCAGAUUUAAAUAAAGAACAAGCAAAGCUUAAAAAUGAAAAUGACUUAUUAAAAAAAUCAAAACAACAGUUAGAAGGUGAUCUUUCAAAUGGUAAGAGUCAAAUCGAAGAAUUAAAAAAAAAAAAUAGCAAUUUGACUGAAGAACUAGACAAAAUGAAGAAAGAAGCCGAGGGUAUUUUGUCUCAGUUAAGGCAAUGUCAAGCAGAAAAUGCAGCAGUAAAAGGAGAAGUCAAUAAAUGGAAGCAGCAAGCAGAAGAUAUGGACAAAUUGAAUAAAGGAUUGGAUGAUACUCUUAAGAAGGUUACGCUGGCGACUAAAAGCAAUCAGAACGAACUUGAUGCUGCUAAUAACAAAAUCGAAUCUUUAGAAAAACGAUUAGCGGAAGCUUUAGCAAAGAUAAAAGAUUGCGAAGAUAUGGCCAAAACAUUAACUGAUUCAUUAGGUACAGCAAAAAAGAAAAACAGUGAGCUAGAAAAUUUACUUAACGGUGCAGAAGGCCAAGUAAGAGCUUCCAUAGCAGAAAAUAAGGCAAUGAAAGAAGAAUUAAAUCAUAAAUCUAAAGAAGGUGGCAAAUACAAGGAUCAAACGGAAGAACUUGAAAAAGAACUAAAAGAUGCCAAUAAAGAAAUAGUAAAAAAAAAUAACACUAUUUCUGACUUGGAAGGGGAAGUAGCAGGGCUAAAAAAAAUGUUAAGAUCACUUGAAGAUAAAAACAAAGAAUUAUUGAAGCAAAAAAGGUCAUCUAUUUUAGACACUUCCAAUUUGAGUGAAGCUGUCGACGCGGCAAAACAAGAAUCAGGUAAAUUUCGUAAAGAAACAUUGUCACUAAAAGACGAAAAUGAUCGACUUAAGGGAGACUUAGAGCAUUUCAAAGCAUUGCAUAAAGAUGCUGAGAAGAGAAGACUACUAGCGGAGAAUACUUUGAAAAUAUGUCAAGCUGAGGUGGAGAAAUUAAAAGAAGAAAUAAAAAGAUUAAAAAGUAAAUUAGAAAACUUACAAGAAAUUGCUGACAAGACCAAGGAAGAACUUGUGAAAGAGAGAGGGUCUAACAAGGAACUUAAGAACCAAUUAAAGGGCGCAGAGGAAGGCUUGAAACGAUCGAACGAUGCAAUUUCAGGUUUGAAAAGAGAUCUAGAACAAGCGAAUAAUGAAAUAAACACAUUAACACGUGAUUUGCAUGACACAUCUGGCAAGCUUGAUGAGGCUCAAUCACGUUUGACCGGAUUAGAAUCAGAGAAAAGGGGUCUCCUUCAAGAACGAGAAAGCCUACAGAAAAUGAAGAGUGAAUUGAAUGACCAACUGAAGGAUACCAUUAAAAAGCUCAAAGAAGAAUCCGAAUCUGUAAAUAAAAGCAACGAGGAACAGGACAAGUUGAAUGAUAAAGUUGCGGAACUGCAAGCAGUCACCCAUGGCUUGCAGAACAAAGUAAGUGCUCUGGAAAAAGAAAAGGCUGAGAACACAAAGACUAUAGACGGUCUUAAAAAAACUAUCGCUGAUUUAGAGAGAGCUGUUUCAGAUUUGAAGUCACAGAUUGAAAUUCUGAAAGGAAGCAAUAGAAAAUUAAAUGAUGAAAUUUUAAAAUCAAAAGAUGAUCAAUUGAAAUCCCACACUGCAGCGGCGCACGAUGCUGCUGCCAGACAAGAUUUAAAAGACAACGUUGAUCGACUCAAUUCGGAAAUGGCACAGCUACAAGAUCAACUAGCUGGAGCGGUAAUGGCAAAAUCUGGCCUUGAAAAGGAACUUCAAGAAUGCGCCUCCGCAAAAAAUUCAUUACAAGACCAACUGGCUAAAUUAGACGAGAAAAUACAAGGAUUGACUAAAGAGAACGGUGACCUGUUUCAAGAGUUACAAAGAAGCGAGUCAGAAUUAGAAAACUUUAAAUCUUCUAAUAAAGCAUUGAAAGAUGAUGUUUUCGGUCUGAAAAAAAUAAAAGAAUCUUUGGAAGCAGACCUCAAAGGUGCUCAAGAUACUAUUUCGAAAUUGAAGAAUGACCUAGAUGCUCUUUCGGUUGAUAAAAUAAAUUUGGAAAACCUAAUCGCAGGUUUAGAGAACCAAUUAAAAAAUGAAAAAGGAGAAAAUGAAGAUAGAAAAAAUGACAUAAACAAUUUAAAAAAGAAUCUUAGUGAUUUAGAAAAACAGCUUCGAGAAACGCAAUUGAAAAACAAAGAAUUGGCUUCAGAUAUUGAAAAGUGUAAGUUACUUAAUGGCGGCAUGAAUAAAAAGGUUCAAGAUUUGGACAAUGAACUGAAGCAUUGUAAAGAAGACAAAGAUAAGAUGAAUGUUAGGGUAGAUGAUUUAAUAAUGAAACUAGACCAACUUCAAAAAAUGAAGGAUACUUUAGAAACGAGUUUAAAGGAUGAAAAACAAAGAUCGAAAGAAUAUCAGGAUGCACUAUCUGAAUUUAAAAAAAAAAUGGACGAUCUUAUGAAGCCUUCUGAACCAGAUUUGAAACUGAUGGCCGAAGAACUAGCUAAAGAAAAUGAUCAAUUGAAAUUAGUUAUUUCCAAUUUAAAACAUGAUAUAGAAACUUUAAGAAAAGAUUUAAAAGCAGAAACUCGGCGGCGUGAAGCAUUAGAACACAAUGUUGCAGAAACGGAAAAAGAAAUUCUGGAUUUGAAAAGUGAUUUGAAAGGACAAGAAAAUGAAAUGCAAACUUUGAAUAAUGAAAUAAAACAGUACACCAAUCAAUUAGACAACCAAACUAAACUAAUCGCUGAACUACAUAGUCAGAUUGAGGCUUUGAACUUGGAAUUGCAAGUAGAAAGGAAGAAAGUGGCUGAGCUGCAAUCUGACAUUGUCAAUUGUGAGAAUAGGUAUCAAGAACUGGAAAAUGAACUUAAACAAAAGCUGACAGAUUUAAAUAAAUUCAUGAAUGACUGUAAUGAUUUUCGAAACGAAAAUGCCAUGAUAAAACAGAAUAUGAAAGAUCUCGAAAAAACAAAAUUGAUGUUGGAAAAUGAUAUGAAGAAAAUGAAAGAUAAUAAUGAUAAAUUAUUAAAGGGCUUAGAAGAAUUAAAAAAUGGUGAAAAUGCUCUUAGGCGUUCGAAAGCUGAACUGGAAGCGUGCCUCAUUGAAAAAGAUACAUCCAUCGAAGCACUCACUGAUGAAAUCAAAGCUACAGGAGAAAAACUACUAAGUGAAAAAAAUCAAUCUUUAAUCUUACAAAAGAGCUUAAAUGUGUGUCAAAGGAGUUUGGAGAAUUUGAGAAAAGAAUCAGAACGUUUGAAAGGACAAAUAGCUGAUUUAAGAAAAAUGAAGACUACUUUGGAACAUAUGUUAAAGGAAAAAGCGACUUCGAACAGGGACAAUGAAAAUCUUAUUGUCUGCAUGAACGAAACAAUAAGAAAGAUGAAAGAUCAAAUGAAGACAUACUGCUGUAAGAUUUCAUACAUGGAAGAGGAAGCCAGUUUAUAUCGAAGACAGCUUUGCAGGCUACGUCAAAUUCUGGAAACAAUGAAAGCACGAGAACCACCUGAUACACGUAUGAAUAGAAUUCUCAUGAAAAUUAUGCAGUGUGGAUGGCAGGAUUGUGACUUGCCUGAAUUGGCACACGUCCAUCAAGAAGUUUCAUCUGCAACCGAUAAUCUUAUAAGGCGCUGUGAAAUAUGUUGCGGUAGUGAUGGCAAAAAAAUGAUCACUAACCAAGUCCAAAAAAUUAACCAAGAAGAGACAAAAGCCAAAAUGAGAGCUUGCGAUCUUACCUAUCGACUGAAUGAAAAUAAAGAAUUAGAAGAAAAACUGUAUGAAACUAUGCAACCAGGUGUAAUUGACUUAUCAAAAAAAGUUAAAUCACCAUGUGAAUUGGAAGCUGAGAGAAUUAUAAAAGAGAAUCGACUUCGACCGAAACGUCCGAUCGACGUCCAGUGCAAUUUAAUGGCUUCCAAAGAUAUGCAUUGAACAUCUACUUAAAAAGUGAACAUUACCAAGAAAAAUGUUAAUAAUUUAAUAAUAUGGAAUGAAAUAUGGUGUGUCAUAUAAUUUUACUAAUUAAGGUACCCACGCUGGACAUGGUGAUGUGCAAGGAAGUAAAAACAAAAAUCCUCUAAAUAAAGAUUUGAAAAAAAUAUUUAAAUUCUUCAAUAAUUAUCCGUUCAUGAUAUGGUGUUUAAUUAGAUAAAAUAAAUAUAUUUAAAA